AUGCUGCCUGGGAGAGCGGCUAAUGUCCGGCACUGUAUCCUGACGAGCCGCUGGCUGCCCGCGCUCCUGGCACUGCUCCUCCUCCUCUCCUCCAGCCUCAGCGGCGCUCACAGCACCACAGUGGAGCACGACUUCCACAUCGUUCACAAUGUGGACAACAGAAGUCCAGAGAUAGACCCGUUCUGGUACGUAGGGCGCGGGGUGAGACCCAUCGGCCGCUUUGGGAAGAGGCACAGCGGCGGGAUGCAGCCGGUGGUCAGGACGCUGGAGCUGCUCCUCAACAGCCUCAGAAACAGAGAGAACCUCGAGAAAGCGCUGGAUGGAGAAGACAGGGAUUGGCUACCAUGA